UAUCGUUGGCUGAGACAGUAUGUCCAAUGCUGUCGUUUAAGGUGUUCGAUUCUUAAGAGAGACGGUUGAAAAAAUGUUUGAUCAUUUCCAAAUCGAUAUGUUACGGUUGGUAGUUUUAAGUUUUUUUCUCAGUUCCUAUUGGACAAGUGUUAAAUCGCAAAACGCAACUCACGCGGCCAACUUCGACUCGCCAUCGGUUUUCCAAGUCACUCAGCCUGUGGACCAUUCCGAAGGGCCCAUAUGGGAUGGCAGAAAAAGCAUCUUGUACUUUGUCGAUAUCCAUUCGGGCCGGGUGUUGAGCUACAACUAUAAUACGAAGAAGGUCAACUUCAUUACCCUCAAGGGAGCCGUAACUCCGGUAAUUCCGGCGAAAAAUAAUGAAAACAUCCUCAUUGUCGGUGUCGACCGGUCCUUGGUUGCCUUGGAAUGGGAUGGCGAAAAAGAACUUGGAAGUCAAAGGACACUAACUACCGUUUCGCAACAAUUCCCGCAGAGUCGAUUCAACGAUGGAAAAGCCGACAAACAGGGCCGAGUCUGGAUAGGCACAAUGGGCUUUGAAAACCCACAAACGCGUUCAUUGGACGCCAACCAAGGCAUGCUGUACAAAAUGACGAAAGACACUCUAAUCAGCCCCAAAGUGGAAGUGGCCCCCGUCAACAUCAGCAACGGACUUUGCUGGAACAAAGCCAACAAUAAAAUGUAUUAUAUCGAUUCGCCCACCCGAAAGGUGGUGGAAUAUGACUUUGAUGAGGAAAAAGGCGACAUUUCCAAUCCCAGGAUAGCUGUGGACAUCACAAAGUUUCCUUAUGUAACUGGAAAUCCUGAUGGCAUGACCAUUGAUCAGGACGACAAUUUGUGGAUCGCCCUGUAUUAUGGCGGAUCAGUCAUCAAAGCCAAUCCAAGAAACGGCCAACUGUUGCAGGUGGUACCGAUUCCAGCCAGAGAUGUAACUUCGGUGAUUUGGGGCGGCCCAAACCUGGACAUUCUCUUCGUAACCACAUCCAGGUUUCACCUGUCCGACACGGAAAGGAAAAUGUAUCCAGCAGCCGGCAGUGUUUUCGCCGUUACGAACCUAAACCAAAAGGGCCUGGUUCCGAACUUUGCUGAUUUGGUGAACAGUGUAAGAAGAGCAAACCUGAUCGCUGAAAUUAUACUGAACACUAACGAACUUUUUGCGCCUACUGUAUCAAACGAAGUGGUCAGCUACGCGCCUGUAAGCAGCAACACUAAUAACAAUCCACAAACAAGGACUGUUGAAAGAGCUGACGUUCCUUUCUGGAUGACAAUGCUGAACACGAUAAGGAGUAUCUUCUAAUUGGAUGAAAUAAAUGGCUUUUAUACGAA